AUGAAGUGGUUCACUUCUCUGGCCGCGCUCACGGCGUUGGCCUCAUCAGCACUUGCCGAAGACCUCCUUUUCAUCAACACAUUGCUGGGAUCCGAACAGGCCCAGGCGUUAUCCCUCGGUUUCACCGUAAAGGUUGUGACCGAGUCGCAAUGGAAGGGCAUGACGACGACUGAUUUUGCCUCCUUCAAGGCCAUCAUCAUCGGUGACCAGUUUGGCUCUUCGGAUGUGACUAUGCUUCAGUUCCUCACUGACACCAAGACUACCUGGGGACCAGCUGUCACGGGUAACAUUAUUGUCCAUGGUGCCGAUCAAUCCAACCAUGGCAAGACUGUUCUCAUUGACAACAGUAUUAAGUUUGCCGCUAGUGGAAAGACUCCCCAGGGCGUUCAAACGACUGGCUUGUACCUCUCUCUCUCCCAAUAUUACGAUACCACUGCGGUUGCCAAUGUUGAUGCCCUUUCAUACUUCGGUACCUUCGAAGUUCGUGGCCAACUUUCAUGCUACGAUAAAGUCCACAUCGUUGCCUCUUCGCCUGCUAUCGACACUCUGACCGACGCUUAUCUGUCAGACUGGGGGUGCAGUGUCCACGAGGCUUUCUCGAUCUACCCAAACACUGGCAUCAACGGCUUCCAAGCCAUCGCUAUUGCUGACGGAGUUGUUGCCCCUGGCACCCAAACAUAUGGAGACGGCCAUUCCGGUCUCCCAUACAUUAUCACUCGGGGUGCCACCCCGGCUGGAUGUGGUGACGGUCAUUGGGAUCCUACCCUCUUCGAGGAGUGUGAUGAUGGGAAUACCGUCGAUGGUGAUGGAUGCUCCAAGUCCUGCAAGUGUGAGAGUGGAAAGGCCAACGGAGACGGAACUUGCGCUCCAGUGAACGGCACCAUUCCUACUGGGCCUGGUACUGGCAUUAUCAAGCCUUCUGGAUAUACAAACACCUCAAUCAUUCAUUCCACAACCACAACCACACCACCAUACCCAAUCAUCACGAGCCCGCCUUCAGGCCCAACCGUGAUUUGCAUUGGUGUUGAGAUCAUCGUUUCCAUCACCGUCACUGAGUUGUGCAGCACAAUUGCUCCAGGCACCACUGUCACAUCCACUAUCACAGCCGCAUGCUCCACCUACCAGAAGCCUAUCUAUAACACUCAAAUCGCCACUAUGCCAUGCUAUGCCUGCGCAAUCAAGAGCCAAGGUAUCAAAUCCGUUGGCUUCAUCACCGCUACCUCAACAUACUGCAACGGCUGCGCAUCCGCCAUUCCUGCAACCAUCUACCCCUGCGCAACCUGCUCAGGCACAACACUAACAGCAACUUGUCCAUGGGCAACCACCAUCGCGCUCAGCUCCCAAGUCGUGGUUCCCUACACCAGCUAUGCCUCACACCCGGCUCAUGAGGCCUCAACCGUCCCAGCCGCUGAGAAGCCCGCCACCACUGUCCCUGCUGGUGGAGUCAAUACCUAUGGAUGCAGCACUUGCUCCCUAGUCACUGCAACUGGCGGCGUGAAACCUACAUCGACGCCGGUGGUCUUCACAGCCGGUGCCCCUCAGGCCGCUACCGGCGGCCUCCUGGUAGUCUUCGGCGUCAUCGCAGGCGGCUUUGUUGGUAUUUUAGGCUUGGUGUUGUAA